UGAAGUUUUCUGAAGAAAUAAAACUAACUUCAAACCCAUUUGGUUUUCACAAAAUUCAUGGACAUUUCAUAGAGAGGGGUCAUCCCUUCGACUGGGCUUCUCUUUUGGACCUCAGCGUCAUUUCCCAACGUCUUCUCAAUUUAGGGCGCAAUUGUGUUUCGAAUUCGCUGAUUUGGACUUAAACGGAGAUGCCACUGGCCCAGUUUGCCGACCCAUGGCAGAAGUUGCCCAUCGGUCAUACGGAAAAUGAGAGACAGCCUUUCCACGUUAUGGAUGACUCAAUGGGAGAUGAUGAGGCUCCUGACUGUGAUGAAGGCACAGUGAAAGAGAUCAGUAUCACUCACCAUGUGAAAGAGGGGUCGGAGAAAGCUGACACAAGGCAGUUUGACUUACUCAAGGUGCUGGGUCAGGGCUCAUUUGGGAAGGUGUUCCUUGUGAGGAAAAAAACUGGACCAGAUGCAGGACAGCUGUAUGCCAUGAAAGUUCUGAAGAAAGCCACACUGAAAGUGCGAGAUCGGAUGCGGACUAAAAUGGAGCGAGACAUUCUGGUGGAAGUGAACCACCCAUUCAUCGUUAAACUGCACUAUGCAUUCCAGACAGAGGGAAAACUUUACCUGAUCCUGGACUUUCUCAGAGGGGGAGAUCUCUUCACUCGAUUAUCUAAAGAGGUGAUGUUUACUGAGGAAGAUGUGAAGUUUUACCUGGCAGAGUUGGCUUUGGCAUUGGAUCAUCUGCAUGGACUUGGAAUCAUUUACAGAGACCUCAAACCUGAGAAUAUUCUGUUGGAUGAGGAUGGACAUAUCAAGCUGACUGACUUUGGGCUGAGUAAGGAAUCUGUUGACCAUGAGAAUAAGGCCUACUCUUUCUGUGGGACUGUGGAGUACAUGGCACCAGAAGUGGUAAACCGCCGUGGCCACACCCACAGUGCUGAUUGGUGGUCCUAUGGUGUGCUUAUGUAUGAGAUGCUGACUGGAACGCUGCCCUUCCAAGGAAAGGACCGGAAGGAGACCAUGACCAUGAUCCUAAAGGCCAAACUGGGAAUGCCCCAGUUCCUGAGCGCUGAGGCCCAGUCCCUCCUCCGCAACGUGUUCAAACGCAACCCUGGGAACCGCCUUGGUGCUGGACCAGAUGGUGUGGAAGAGAUUAAGAGACAUCCUUUUUUUGCCACCAUUGACUGGAAUAAACUGUUCAGGAGGGAAGUCAGCCCCCCCUUUAAACCGGCCAGUGGUAGACCAGAUGACACAUUUUACUUCGACAAAGAGUUCACAGCCAAAACCCCACGAGAUUCUCCGGGUGUUCCUCCCAGUGCAAACGCUCAUCAGCUCUUCAGAGGAUUCAGCUUUGUGGCCAUCAGCUCAGAGGAGGAGAGUCAACCUCCUAUACAGAGUAAUACUAGCAUCGACAGCAUACUGCAGCAGCCCCAUCGGAGCAGUAAGCAGUUCACAGAUGUGUAUGAUGUGAAAGAGGACAUCGGUGUGGGCUCAUACUCCGUUUGUAAACGCUGUGUCCUCCAGUCUACAGGCAUGGAGUAUGCCGUCAAAAUCAUUGAUAAGGAGAAAAGAGACCCAACAGAGGAGGUGGAGAUUCUGCUGCGCUAUGGUCAACAUCCUAACAUCAUCACUCUUAAAGACGUGUAUGAUGAUGGCCGGUCUGUGUAUCUGGUGACUGAGUUGAUGAAGGGGGGAGAGCUGCUGGAUAAGAUCCUCAGACAGAAGUUUUUCUCUGAGCGAGAGGCCAGUGCUGUCCUUCACACCAUUGCCAAGACUGUAGAGUAUCUACACUCCCAGGGGGUGGUGCACAGAGACCUGAAGCCCAGUAACAUUCUGUACGUGGAUGAGUCAGGCAAUCCCGAGUCCAUUCGCAUCUGUGACUUUGGUUUCGCCAAGCAGCUUAGAGCAGAAAACGGCCUCCUGAUGACGCCCUGUUAUACGGCGAACUUUGUCGCCCCUGAGGUACUGAAGAAGCAGGGUUAUGAUGCAGCGUGUGAUAUCUGGAGUCUGGGGGUGCUGCUCUACACCAUGCUCACAGGGUUCACUCCGUUUGCUAAUGGACCUGAGGACACACCUGAUGAGAUUCUGGCCCGGAUUGGCAGUGGGAAAUUCUCCCUGUCAGGUGGAUACUGGAACUCCGUCUCCAACGAGGCCAAGAACCUGGUGUCUAAGAUGCUUCACGUUGACCCCCACCAGAGGCUGACUGCAGCACAGGUGCUGAGACACCCAUGGAUCAUCCACAAAGACCAGCUGCCCAAUUACCAGCUCAACAGACAGGAUGCACCUCACCUGGUCAAGGGGGCGAUGGCAGCGACAUACUCAGCCUUGAACAGGAAUGUGUCCCCUAUGCUGGAGCCUGUGGGUCGCUCCACACUUGCGCAGAGACGCGGCAUUAAAAAACUCACCUCCACUGCCCUUUGAUCCCGGGCAGGUGUGUGUGUGUGUGUGUGUGUGAGGGAGGAAGUGUAGUGAGGGAGGACAGACCAAAUCAGAUAACCCAACUCCUGUUUUCUCCACCUCAAUGAACCCUCUCCUCUGUACAAUCAGCACUACCCACCAAAUCCAUGAUGAUUUACAAAAACUCUUAAGGAAAAAAAAAAAAGAAAUUAAAUGUGUAUACUGUAUGAAUGAAAUGCCAAACA